AAAACCACUCGUCAAGUCGUCAAAACACGCAUGUCGUUUUACCUUCGUUUCGACUUUUAAAGUAUUGUUGAAUUUUGAUUUUUAUUUAUCGAUGCUUCGGUGAAAGCCAAACAUGGGGAAAAAAACCAAAGUAGGAAAACAGCGAAAGGAUAAAUAUUAUCAACUAGCAAAAGAGACAGGUUAUCGUUCUCGAGCUGCAUUUAAGUUAAUUCAAUUAAAUAGAAAAUUUGGCUUUCUACAAAAAUCACGAGUAUGCAUAGAUUUAUGUGCGGCACCCGGAGGAUGGAUGCAGGUGGCACAUCAAAAUAUGCCCGUAUCCAGCAUUGUCAUUGGUGUCGAUUUGUUUCCAAUCAAGCAAGUUCCCGGUUGUAUUAGUCUUACAGAAGAUAUAACAACAGAAAAAUGUAAAACUGCAAUUAAAAAAGAAAUAAAAACAUGGAAAGCAGAUGUCGUUCUUCACGACGGAGCACCUAAUGUUGGGUUAAAUUGGAUACACGACGCGUAUCAACAGGCGUCCCUUACACUAAGUGCUAUGAAAUUAGCAUCACAUUUUCUAAGAGCUGGUGGAUGGUUUGUUACCAAAGUUUUCAGAUCUAAAGAUUACCAUGCAUUACUGUGGGUUCUGAAGCAAUUUUUCAAAAAGGUCCAUGCAACAAAACCUCAGGCAUCUCGUAAUGAAUCAUCUGAAAUUUUUGUUGUAUGUCAAGGCUAUAUUGCUCCAGAUUCUAUAGAUCCUAAAUUAUUGGAUCCAAAAUAUGUAUUUGAAGAUUUAGAAAUAAUAAAGAAAAAGCAGAACAAUAUAUUACACCCAGAAAAACAGAAGAAAGCUAAAGCUGAAGGAUAUAAAGAAAAUGAUUACACAACCUUUAACAGUAUUUCUGUGUCUGAGUUUCUGGAAAAGGAUGACCCGAUUGACUUAUUACAAGGAUGUUCAGAGAUUUUAUUGGAUGAUGCAGAUAUUGCAAAUCAUCCAAAAACUACAAAUGAAAUUAAAGAAUGCUGUAAGGACAUUAAAGUCCUUGGAAGGAAGGAUGUCAAAGCACUGCUAAGCUGGCUUAAGCAUAUCAAGGAAUGGAAACUUCAAGACCAGUCUUCAGAAGGUAAAACAGGUGGAAAAGAUGAGGCAGAAGCUGAAGUUGAAACCGUAAAAGAUGAAAAUGAAGAAGUUGAGGCUGAAAUAGAAGAAUUACAGGAGGAAGAAAGGAGACAACUCAAAAGGAAAAGAAAACAAUUAAAUAAACAGAGACAAAAACUAGCUGAGAAAAUGAAUCUUAAGAUGGUAUUGAAAGGUGAUGAUGGUCCCAUACUAGAAAGUCAUGACAUGUUUUCACUUGCUGAUAUCAAGGAUGGAGAGCAAUUAAAAAUGGUAAUUGACCAGCGACCCGACAUUGUGCUAGAUGAGAAAGAUGACUCUGAUGAUGAAUUAAAAAUGAAAUCCAAAUAUGUCAAGUAUGAUGUUGAAUCCUCAAAAUUAGAUUCAUCAGGUCUCUUCUAUAAAGAUUCAGACAGUGAAUUGGAAAUGGAAUCUGAUUCUGAUAAUGAUGAAGAAAAGGAAUCAUUAGCUUUCUCUGAUUCUGAUAAUGAAACUAAAAAAAUUGAUAAAUUAACUAAACUAAAUACAUUAAGGAACAGUAAGGUAAAAAAUACAGUAUCAAUUCCAAAAAAUAAUCCCUUGCUAACUGAUCUGGACAAUACUGAUCCAGUUUCAAAAAGAUCAAUGAAGGCAGAACUUUGGUUCCAAAAAGAUAGUUUCAAAGACAUAGAUGAAGAAGAUGACGAAGGAGUUGAUUUAGACAAAUUAGCUGAGUCCUACAGAGAAAAAGGAAAGACAGUCAAAGAAAACUUUUCGGAAAAUUCUACAGAAGUAAAAAAUACUGGUACUAAGAGGAAACAAGAUGAGCUAAGUGAAGAUGAUGAUUCAUCUGACAGUGAUUAUGAUGUGGAGGGUAAUGCUGCACCAACUGUGCAAAAAACGGGCGCUAAAACCAGUAAAAAAGAUGGUUUUGAAGUUGUUUCACAAGAUCCUGAAUUGAAAAGAUUAAAGAAAACUCUAAAAAUGGAUACUGAAACUCUAGCACUAGGAACUAUGAUGGCCACUUCGAAAAAAUUUAAACGAGAUUUGAUUGAUGAUGCUUGGAAUCGGUAUGCUUUUAAUGAUAAAAAUCUCCCGGAUUGGUUUGUUGAAGAUGAGAAAAAGCAUAUGAAGAAAGAAGUGGCAGUACCAGAGAAAUAUUCCGAAGAAUACAAAAACAGAUUACAAGAUAUAAACGCCAGACCAAUAAAGAAAGUUGUCGAAGCUAAAGCCAGGAAGAAGAAACGCAUGAUUAAGAAAAUGGAACGUGCAAAGAAAAAGGUCGAAGCUGUUAUGGAAAAUGCAGAUAUGUCAGAACGAGAAAAAGCACAACAGAUUCGACAUUUAUAUAAGAAAGCACAAACAGAUGGUAAAAAGAAGGUUACAUACGUGGUCGCCAAAAAACAUACGACGGCUAAGAAAAUGAAACGUCCUGCUGGAGUAAAGGGACAGUAUAAAGUAGUCGACCCGCGAAUGAAGAAAGAUUUACGUGCCCAGAAGGCCAAGGAAAAGACAAAAGGUCGCGGCAAAAAAGGCAAGGGGAAUAAGAGUAGGCCUCACAAGCAGAAAGUUAAGAAGACAAAAUAAUUGUUUUCUGUAGAUGUAAUAUGAUAAAUGUAUAAAUUAAUAAAUGUGAUGAAAUAA